UCUGAUGAGUUCAGAAUGCUGAUGGAGUUGCGCAGCUCUGAGAAGGAGGAGCGCAGUGCGGUGACUCUGUUAAACUCCCAACAUCACAUCCAACUGCAGCUCCGCCUUGGCCCACUCUCACUCACCUUCAUCUCCACCCCACACAGAGAAUACGAGUUCCCAGUGGGGUCUCUGUGUGAUGGUCGGCAGCACCAGGUAUCACUGAGUAUCUCCCCGCUGUGGCUGGAGGUGUAUGUGGACUGUUCUCUGGUGGAGAGGGUGAACUGGGCCUAUCCAUGGCAGGGCAUCUCCACUGAUGGAAUGCUGAUGAUUGGAGGCAGCCUGGAGGGCUUGGAGACCACCUUUGAAGGUGCUGUGACACAAAUGAUCUUUGUGAUGGGGGAUUCAGACGCUGCCAGAAACCACUGUACUCUCCAUCAGCCUGCCUGCAAUCUACCAAACUGCAGUGCACUCUGGGAUCCCCUGUUUGAGAGAAACCCUCUGGGCUCCACCCAUAAAGAUACUGCUGUUCAAAGCCAUGGCUUUGCACUCGUUGAUGAACCUCACUCUGUGUUGGCAACUAAUAAUGAAGACAGAAGAGUUCAUAGCAUUGAAUCCUCUCCAAGCAUCAGAACGUUAGAUGAAAAUAUCAUCCAAAAGAGUGCAGCGGAUACAGACUUCUAUAGUCUAGUCGACUUAACAUCACCUGAUUCACUGACACAGAUGUCUGAGGUGAAAUCAAACAAUACUACUUUAGUGAUAUACAAGAACCUGGUACUACAGCAUAAGGAAUCAUUGCCCUCUGUACCUGCUAUUGGCACUGGGAACACCAUCUAUGGAUCUGAUCAGAGAAUCUACCAAAUUCCCAAAGGUCCCUCUGGUCCAAUCGGACCUCAUGGAAGAACAGGCUGCGCUGGGAAAGAAGGCUAUAUUGGAUUUAAAGGUGACAAGGGAUCUCAAGGUAUUCCAGGCUUGGAUGGAAGGAGAGGAGAUCCAGGGCCUCUAGGAUCUCCAGGACUUCCUACUCUUUACCUAUGGAGGAACUCUGAGGACGACUGGGCUACUUUUAGGAGAUCAGCUUUCUCUCAAAUACUCAGAGCUGGUUUGCCGAUGAAUCCCGGCCCACCUGGACCCAUGGGUGAAAUUGGAAAACCUGGCCCUCCAGGUAUUCCUGGAGACCCAGGGAACAGAGGACUGCCAGGACAGAGAGGAAACAUGGGUUACCCUGGGCCAAAGGGCAUCCCUGGCAAGACAGGGAGGUGGGGCAGGAAUGGCAGUCAAGGAGUGGAUGGGUGUUGUGGGCCACCAGGACUACCUGGGCUCCAGGGUCCCAGAGGUUUUAAAGGAGAAGGGGCUCUACAUGGGGAGAAAGGUGAUGAGGGUUUCACUGGUGAGCCAGGGACAUGUGGAAACAGAGGGAGAGCUGGGGAAAAGGGAUCUAAAGGGGAACCAGGAGAAGAUGGACCUGUUGGACCACCUGGUCCUUUAGGUAAAAGAGGUGUUCAAGGAAUGCCUGGACUUCCGGGACCACAGGGAGACUCUGGACAUGAUGGAAUGAAGGGUCCAUCAGGACCAGUGGGUGCACCAGGGGCCACAGGCGGCAUAGGACCACCUGGACGGAAUGGGCCUGAAGGGGCUCAAGGUCAAACUGGUCCACAAGGUCAUAAAGGCCCUCAAGGACCGUCAGGAUUAGCAGGAGAAACAGGCUCCCCUGGACCUCGAGGGACUCAGGGUCAACCAGGCAAUGCUGGCCCUCCUGGUCCAAAAGGAGAAAUUGGUGAACUAGGAACUAUGGGAAAAAAAGGAUUGCCUGGCAUUGAAGGGCCCAUGGGGAUGUCUGGUGGUCCUGGUCCAAAAGGAUUUCCAGGUGGCACAGGCUUCAGAGGAGUGGAUGGUGACAGAGGAGUUGCUGGACCCAAAGGAGACAGAGGCCCACAAGGUACUGCAGGAAUCCAGGGUCGUCAGGGAGAGAGGGGUGAACGUGGCACCUCAGGCCCUCCAGGGGUGAGAGGUCAACCUGGGCCCCAGGGAGGAGAGGGUGAAGACGGGGAGGCUGGUCUCCAGGGAGCAGUUGGGAAACAGGGGCCAAAGGGUCACCCAGGACUCCCUGGCCUCUUUGGUUUACCUGGCAUGCUGGGUUUUAGAGGCCGAGUUGGGACUGAGGGACCAGAAGGAAAGCCUGGUACACAGGGUGUUCCUGGCUCUGGUGGUUCUCCUGGCCCUAUAGGAGACAGAGGGCUUCCAGGUGUAGCUGGUGAUCCAGGGCAUGCAGGUUCUCCGGGGUCUUUGGCUCCAGGAAAGCCAGGACAAAACGGAAUCCCUGGUCCACCUGGGGAGAGGGGCUUCACAGGGAAACCAGGGUUGAUGGGCCCCCAGGGUCAGGGUUACCCUGGAGCAGUCGGUUUGAGUGGGAGGCCAGGACACAUGGGACAAAGGGGAGAUGCUGGUGUCAGAGGCCCUCCUGGCAACCUAGGAAAAACUGGACCUCCAGGUCUGCAGGGCUAUCCUGGUGCGAGAGGGCCUUUGGGACCACAGAGCUACAACGGAGAGUUUGGGCCCAAAGGUGUUCAGGGACUGCCAGGCCCUCCAGGCCAGCCAGGACCAGAGGGCAGCAUGGGGAGCCUUGGUCCUCCAGGGAGCCAGGGGCAACCAGGGCCACAAGGGUUGGCCGGACCUAGAGGGUUUCCAGGAAAACCAGGAAUUAUUGGACUGAUGGGUCAGGCUGGAGAGAAGGGACAGCAGGGAGCAAUGGGUCCUGCUGGUGAUAUUAGUGCUCCAGGUCGGGACGGGCAGCAGGGUCCUCCAGGGCAAAUUGGUGAAGAAGGGAUUACUGGAACAAAAGGUGAUCAGGGAGCUCCAGGCACCCAAGGACAACCAGGGCCCAAGGGACCAAGGGGAGAGCCAGGACCUUGGGGCUUCCAGGGUCUGCAGGGGAGAUGUUGGAGGCCCUGGUGUUCCUGGGGAUCCAGGUGCUAAAGGAGCAAAGG